AUAAGAACAGGUAUUUUUCCCGAUGGCACGUUUUACCUUUCCAUGAGGCUUAGUAUGUAAAUACAGUUUUAGAUGAUUGAACGAAAAUCCGGCGUGCCUUUGAACGGCACCAUGAAGAAGAAAAAAAGCUCAAAUCAAAGCUUUUUCCAGAUUAUAUUAGGCCACUCUGUUCGUCGGCAGAAUUUGCGCUCGAGGGAUGAAAGUCACCCUGAAAAUAAAGCACGAACAGCCGGGACUUCUCGGCGAUCGCAUUGGGAUUUGGGAGGAUCGGAACCGAAACAGUAGUUGUGAAAGUAAUGCCGAGAAGUGAAGAAGGGCGACAAGAGUGGAGGAUAUCUUUUUUUUAAUAGUAUAAUUACUCGUCCAAGUGAACCUACCAGUGAAACGGAGCCAGCCCAUCAUCCCACGAGAGAGUAUGGAAAGAAACGUCCAUCGCCUUAUUUGAUCAAUUUUGCAUUUUCACCGGUGUUGAGCAAUAAUAGCGUUGCCUGAUAAACAAAAGGCAAUAUUUGCGAAAAAAAGGUCGUAAAAGUGUUGUGUGCAUUUCCUUCCUGUGAUCCAGAGGAAGUAGUGAAGGUUUUUUUCCCCAUUCAUAUCCAUACAGGAAAAGUGUGCUUCAAGUGCGACAAUCUCCAUCAAAGAGAGAAAGAGAGAGAAAAUUCAUCAUCAUCAUCAUGAUCAUCAUCAUGAUCACAGGCAUUUAACACUUCCUUCCGAUUUUAGACGCCAUAUUAGUCAGUGCAAAUCUGAAGUGCAGUCAGCCAUUGGCGAACAAGUGUUCUUCGACAAGCAUGUGUUGACGUCAGUAAUCCACCAUCCACCAUCUCACACACUUGGAAACGAGUGACAAGAACUCAUGCUUCUGCUUCUUCUUGCACUUGAAUGGGAAAAUUGAAAGCAUUGGGAUCCGUAAGAGCCUUCGGGUCUAGGGAGAAACAAGAAGAGAGUAUUCCUAUACCUGACAGUGUAAAUAUUUUGUCAUUCUGAACUUUCCUCCCAAAGGCGAGGAAGAAGGCGAUCCUUGUCUGUGGACUUUGUUUAUCUAAAAGAACGGAGAGAUCCUUGGGAGUGCAAUCCGAAGAGAAGAAGCUAAAUAAACGUCUCAUUGAGGUGCUUGAAAUUCUUCUUCCCCCCCCCAAAAAAGAAAAGAAAAAGGGAAGUCAACUCUCCCACGACCAACGAGAACGAAAGAGGGCCAAAAGCAUGAUCACUUUUCGCAUUGCCAACGAAGCAAGAGACAUUUGAUCCACUGUAGACCCUGGUGACUCUAUCUCGCAAUACAUUUGAGAAUGAGUGUAAAAAGUGCUCCAGAUUCCGUGACGACAGUUCGCUUUUGAAGUGGCUAAACUAACAAGAUUGAGAGGCAUCAUGGAUUGACACGAUUGGAAGUUCCAUCAAAGCUCAUUCGAGUGACAGAGAGACGGGUGCUUUGUAAUUGCAUUUACAUACUCGCGCAACAUGAGUGUGGCCGCCAGUCGCAUGCCAAUGGCGCAAGCAGCCUCCAACUCAUCCCAAAAGUCCAUUAUUGAAAUCUACACGGACUGGGCAAACCAUUACUUGGACAAGCUAAAAGGCAGGCAUCCCAAGAUUAAGGACUUGCAAGUCGAAUUGGCUGAUGGUCUGGUCUUGGCGGAUGUGAUUGAGGCCGUCAUGUCUCAAAAGGUGCCCGAAAUUCUCCGCAAGCCAAAGACACCCUCGCAAAUGGUGCACAAUCUGCAGGCUUGUUUGAACUUCCUGCAAACCAAAGGGGUGGCUGGAGUUGAGGACAUAUCCGCCUCCGACUUACGUGAGGGGAAUCUUAAGUCCAUCCUCGGCUUGUUCUUCCAGCUUUCGAGAUUCAAGCAGCAACAGAAGCUGCAGGCCCAGCAGAAAGUUUCGACAGGGGACUCCCGGACUUCGACGCCGAGAGUCCCGUCCAUUCCACCUUCACCGGCCAAACCGUCAGGUAUUCCGCCACCCGGUAGCGCCAUUCCUCAACCUAGUUCAGCUAAAAAGACCAAAGGCUCCACGAUGCUAUCCAAAUUGGGGUCAAGGCAAAACUCUGCGUCAAGUUUGAAGACAUCUAGUCAAGUCAAUGGAGCUGUUGGGACAUCUGCCCCUGCGGUAUCACCCCAUAAAAUCAGUGGCAAGUCCGCCAUACCAAAUCCAUCAACUCCCACUAAAGGUUCCAUGUUGGAACGCUUCAAAUUGGGAGGAGGUAUGCCCAAGACCAAUAGUCCUCAUACCAUGCUGCCUAAGCCAGCUAGUAAUGGGCCAGGGCCUCAACCAUCCAUACGAUAUCAAUAUUCCCCGCGGGAAACUGGACUAGGCAAGCGAACGUCGAGUUCGAGUGGAUUCAGCUCGGCCAGAUCGGUGGGCAGUGAGAGCUCUGUGAGCUUGAGUAGCGACACCAACUUCCCAUCCCCGUCGGCCUUACGAAGGAUCAAUGAGAAUUCCACCUUCAGUCCGGCUCAGACCCCUGUCAAGACCUCAUCGGGUAGCCCCAAAUCCCUGAGGGCCAAGAAGUUCGCCUCGCCCACCUCGGCCAGGGCCAGCCCACAACACCGGAAUUCGUCCUCGCCAAAGAGAUCUCCCAAGUUCCAACGUUCCAACACGAGUUUAGGGGCCACUGAAAUCAAGGAUUAUGGCCCCAUUGACUCGGUGGAUAACUAUCCACCUCACAAGAACUCCAGGAUUCCUGGAAGCAAGCCUAACAACGCCAGAUCUACUCCCCCCACCGCCAUACCACAGGGCCAUAAACCCCUCCAGGGUUCUAAUUCAAAUUCUCGAAUACCAACCACGGGUGUGCCGCCGACAGGAACUAAUACCCGAGGUGAUGUUCCACCACCACCUCCACCCAGAGACGAAAUGGUCCAAGGAUGCUCCGUCAAGCCUAUAUUAGUGGAUGGAAAUAAUGGCGAGAAACCCAGUGGGCAAACGAGUGCCACAAACGAUCGAGAAGAAGCCAUGACUGCUUCAUUCCAUUCUCGGUCUUGUUCUCUUCCAAGGCAUACCCGCCCUUUGGAGGAAGGCCAUUCCUCUACCUCACCCCAAAUUGUGGCUGUGGUCUCCCCUAUGCCCUCACUGAAAAAGGGCAUGUCCUUGGACUCGGCAUCCGUAAAGGCUGCCAUGGAAGCAGCCGCCUGUAAAUCUUCCACAUCAGGAACCAAACUUGAUGAGGGCGGGGAUGAUGACACCUCCUUGAAGAAUCUGGUCCCCAUGGCGCCAAUAUUUGGUGAUAAAGGAGAGCAUGCCAAAAGCCAACAUCCUCAUCAACAACACCCGUCAUUCCAUUUGACCAAUAAGACUGAGAGUCCUUAUGGGUUUUCGGGGAAUCGUGGCUUGUCGUCAAAUAUCGCAAUAAACACUGCUUCAAUUCAUCAGUCAGGUCCCUCGUCUUUAGAUCUUCAGAGGCCAGUCUAUGCCUCAGGAUCGCAUUCCAUUGAUGUUGGUUACUUAUCUGAUGGGGACACGGCUUUCUUCAACAACAAUAAAUCAGCUCAAUCUAAUUUGGAUGAUGGUUACUUAUCCGAGGGCGGGGCCUCAUUUUAUGCCCGAAAGAUCCAGACUCGAAUAGCAUUGGAGAAACAGAAAACGGCGGAGGAACAGCGACAGAAAUUCAGUCGUCCUUUGCCAGGUCUUCCGGAAGUGUUGAGUGCUAAUUCCCCCGGUAACAUGAAACCACAGCAUUCAAGCCUUAAUUGCCAACAGGAAUCGAUCUAUAGAGUGGUUGGAAACCGGAACAAGCCCAAAAGUGAGACUGGUAUCCAAACGGAAACCGCUUCAGCCGUGAAGCACAAUAACCAACAACAAAACGGCCAGCAUGUGGAUUGGAAGCAAGCCAUGGCUCACAACGCCCGUGUGUUGUCUUCCCAAGAAAAAGCAAUGGAUGAAUAUUUGCGAAGACAGCGAGCUGCUGCCGAGCAGCAUAUCCAACAAGCCAACCACCAUCUGUCCCGACAGAGACCCUUGGUUGGAACACGAGAGGAUGGACGGGGUGCUAGUAACUAUGCUCCUUCUUCAGGAUUCCAAAGUGUGCCGGGAACACCAUCUGAGACGAGGAAAGCCAGACAUCCCAAGACUUCCUCCCCUCUGCCAAAUGUGGGAGGCAACGCUGGACCCUCUCCCCAUUAUUAUCAACAGCAGCAGCAACAGCAACACGAGCAACAGCAACAGCAACAGCAGCAGCACUUGAAGUCCCGUGCUCAUUCGAGCCUUACAGAGGGUGUGGGACAUUAUUUCAUGGGCAGCAAUCCAAGGGGGAAUGGCAUGGGUCCCAAUGGGCACCAUCGCCAACAACAGCAUCAUCCCCAGUUGUUCAGCAACAUGCGGAAUGGGGGAUCCUUGGAGAGGAAGCCUAAGGGUGGACAGGAUCAUCAAGCAUUUUAUGGAGGGACAACAUGCAGCAGUGACUCGGAAUACGGUCGCCUCUUGAGCACGCCAAUGGCCAAUCGCAAGAGUUCUGUGCCUACCCAUGGAACCAAUAACACCUCGCCUUCAGGAUCAUUGCGACGAGAUCCUGCCUUUGGGUCCAAGAGUUUGCCAAAAGGGACCUCGGCCUCAUUGAAUUAUGGCCUCAUGCUCGAGAGGAUCCAGCAAAAGAGGCAACAGAGAGGCCACACCAGUGGGGCUCUCUCUAAUGGAAGGGCUAAUGAUGGAUCGCUCUCCGAUUCCAAUUACGCCACCUACUCAGAGAUCCAAGGUAUGAGAUCGGGCUCUCAGAGUCCGUUUUCUUGGUUACAACCGGCCUCCACUUACGCCUCUUUGCAAGAUCCAUAUCCGCAAUGGAAUGGAAAUCCCCAUGACCCGAGUGAAACGUCGAGCUUCUCGGGAAUUGCCUCAGACGCAAUGGGAAGUAACGAGUCAUUGAACUCGGUGAGCUCCUCUAUCCAGCAAGCCAGAGCUAACUCGCUCACCAAAGCGAGACUCAUGAUGCACCAAAGAAGUAUUUCGCCGAGGAACAACGUGAAACCCAAUCAGAUCUCGAAUUCCAACUUCAGUCGGACAACCGAACAAGAAAAGGGAUUUCCCUCACAAAACAACGAGUAUUAUGGUGUUCCGUUUCCAGCCAACAAUGGGCCGGGCAGAUUCAAAUCUCAGCCCACGUCGCCCUCCAAACCGCAAGGUCAAGGACUUUCUCUUCCCCCCAAUUACAAUGGUUCCGUCUAUUCCAGUUUCAAAAACAACACUGACAUGGAGCACGACCGUUUCUCCAACCCUGAUAUGUCAGCCAUGACUUUGGACCAAAGAACGGAUUAUGAGAUCCAGAAACUGCGGAAGGAGCUGAGUGAUGAGAACGACAAGGUGAAGAACCUCACCUCACAACUUGUGACCAAUGCCCAUGUGGUGGCUGCUUUUGAGCAAAGUCUUUCCAAUAUGACCUCACGCCUGCACCACCUGACCUCGACCUCGGAGAAGAAAGACUCCGAGCUAAAUGAGCUGAGGAGGACAAUAGACAAGUUGAGGCAAUCCGGAGCCGACAUGGGCUUGAUUGCCCAACCCCACGAUCUAAUGAGGCAAAAAUCGACAGAUUCGGUCACAUCGGUCUGCAGCAAUGGGUCCCAAGCCGCCAAUGGACAGAACAGAGAACGAGAACAAGGCAGGAAACACUCUGCUCCCUCAUCUCAGAAGAGCAUUGGCCCUAAGAGAUCGGGAUGGUUGAGACAUUCAUUUUCGAAAGCAUUCUCCAAGGGAGGGAACGCGGCCAAACCAGGCAAGUGCAAAGGGGGUUCCGUGUCGGAUAUGGAAGAUGGAGGGAUCUCCUCGAAGCUGUACUAUGAAGAUAACAAAUCUGAGGGCGAGGGGAAAUUCCCCGUCCCUGUUCCUCCGCGGGCAUCCUCAGCUGCAUCAGGAAGUCUUCUGAUUGAGGGUGAACGGCCUCCUCAGCGCGUCGAACCCGAAUUGGUAGCAGAGCUGAAGAAGCAGCUUCUGGAAAAGGAUUCUCUCCUCACCGAGACGCGAUUGGAAGCUCUCUCUAGUGCUCAUCAAUUAGAGUCCCUCCGGGAAACUGUCACCAAGAUGAGUAGCGAACUCAUGUCGUUAAAAACCGACAAUGAAAGGCUUCAAACCUCAUUGGCCACACAGCAACCUGGCGGCUUAAAGUCCUUGUCUUCAUCUCAGAGCUCACUCAAUGGUUCGUGUUCCAUGAAUGGAAUAAGCACUCACAACCCUGCCAAUGAGGUCUAUGAGGGCUCCAGAGGCCAGAUGACGGGAGAAAGUUUGAGGGACACCAGAGACCGUCCUAAUUCCGUGACCAUGUCCGAGGUGGACAGUGUGCUCUCUGGACCCUCAAGCCUGGACUUGUCAGGCUCAACGGAUCCCACUAAUAAGGAAGGCGGCAAAUUGGUCACAGUCUCUGUGAUUGCGUCAACCACUCGUUCCAUUCGCUUGGGAGUGAUUUCCGUCAGUGGCAAAUCCAAUUGGGACCUGCUUGACAGUUUAGUCCACCGGCUCUUCAAAGAGUACGUUAUGAGAGUCGACCCAGUGUCCAAUUUGGGUCUCAAUGCCGAGUCCAUUGCGUCUUAUGAGGUGGGAGAGAUCAAACGCACCAACUGCUCAACUUCAAAGCCCGAGUUCUUGCCUUAUGGAUACUUUGUGGGCAACACCACCGACAUCCGAAUCAAUUUGAAAAGAGCGGCCCUCAACAGCCAAGUGGAUAUGGUGGCCUUUGAAACCUUGACCCCGAAAUCCAUUGUUCAACGCUACGUGUCACUUUUGGUGGAGCACAAGAGGAUCAUCUUGAGUGGUCCCACUGCCACCGGUAAAACUUUCAUGGCCAACACCUUGGCCCAGUUUCUCAUCAACCGAAAGCGCGAAAAUCCGGGUAGCACGCCCACGAAAUCAAAUGAAGCACAGCCAAGUGAGACUCAAUCCAAUCCCAUCAUGAACUUCCAUGUGGACAUCCAUAACAAGAAUGAUUUGAAGAAACUUCUUAUCCGGAUUUGCGAGCACACCCAAAAUGAAGGCUCCAAAGGGAUUGUACCGCAGGUCUUGAUCUUGGACGAUCUUCAUCAUGCUGGGAAGUUGGAGGAAAUCUUUGAGAACACACUAACCUUGAGUCCAGAGACAUGUCCAUAUAUCAUCGGAACGAUGACUCAAUCCACUACCUCAUCAACCACCAACUUGCAACUCAAGCACAAUUUCAGACUGGUCCUAUUUGCCAAUCACAUUGAGCCUGUCAGAGGAUUCUUAGGCCGAUAUCUCCGUAAGAAACUUCUGGACGUAGAAACCGAGACCCGAGUUCAUGAUGGCGAUAUGUCCAGCAUAGUGGAAUGGAUUCCUCGGGUUUACAUUCAAGUGAACAAGUUUUUGGAGUCUCAUUCGUGCUCCGAAGUGACCCUGGGGCCGGGAAAAUUCCUAAACUGUCCCAUAGACAUCCGAGGAUCUCGGAAGUGGUUCAUCGAUCUGUGGAACAACACCCUCGUUCCGCAUCUCUUGGAUUCAGUCCGAGAAGGCCUACAAAUGUAUGGACGGCGAGUGUCCUGGGAAGAUCCCAUCCGAUUUGUCCAGGAGACCUGGCCUUGGCAGGAUCCCCCGGGUGAUGACCUAGGAAAUGAGGCCCUGGCGCCCAUCCGACCCCAGGAUGUUGGUUACGACAACGAAUCCCCCCUGGCUCCGAUGUCUCAUAACGGUCGACCUCUGUCCAAUUCGGAUUCCUUAGGCUCUGGGAACGGGGAUUCGGGGAACGGCAGUGACCCAUUGUUUAAUAUGCUCAUGCACCUUCAAGAGGCGGCGGCUCAUCACCCUCUGCCCGAUGAUAACUUGGAAUAGGUUGAUUGGAUCAAUCGAUUACAAUCGUUUUCAGCAAUAUGCUGCAAUCCAAAAUAUUGAUGCAACUAAAUAAUAAAUUAUCUAGUCGAAAUGAG